CUUUGAAGCUUCAAACGCGCUACAUUUAUCUAAACAUGAAGUUCCUCAUCGUCUUCGUCGCCCUCUUCGCUGUGGCUCUGGCAGCACAUGCUGACACGGAAAUUGUAAGGAGCGAAUCUGAUGUUGGACCCGAGAGCUACAGUUAUAGUUUUGAAACAUCUGAUGGCCAGUCCGCCCAAGAGCAGGGCGAACUUGAGAAUCCUGGCUCAGAGCAUGAGGCUAUUUCCGUUCAUGGCAGUUACAAAUACAUUGGCGACGAUGGUCAAACCUACGAAAUCACCUAUGUUGCCGAUGAGAACGGUUUCCAGCCUCAGGGCUCUCAUAUUCCCAAAUAAUAAUAAAAUGAUUGAUUAUUGAGCAAA